UGACGUCAUCGAUGGAGGGCGUGACGUCAUAGAGGUAAACAAAAUCGCCACAGAAGAAAAGUCACGGGGAGAUUUGUCACACCCAUCGUUACCUCUUCCUCCUGCCACCAGUUCGAGCCCCGCCGCCUGCCCCCACACCACCAAGAUGUCUAUUGCCAACAUGGAGAAGCACCUCUUCAACCUCAAGUUCGCCGCCAAGGACCUUGAGCGGCAGUCCAAGAAGAGCGAGAAGGAGGAGAAGGCGGAGAAGGUGAAGCUAAAGAAGGCCAUCGCUAAGGGCAACAUGGAUGGCGCCCGUAUCCACGCCGAGAACUCCAUCCGCAACAAGAGCCAGGCCUUGAACUACCUCCGGAUGGCAGCGCGGGUGGAUGCCGUGGCCUCCAGGGUGCAAACGGCCGUCACGCAGCGCAAGGUGACCCAGAGCAUGGCGGGCGUGGUCAAGAACCUGGACGCUGCCAUGAAGAGCAUGAACCUGGAGAAGAUCUCGGCGCUCAUGGACAAAUUCGAACACCAGUUUGAGGACCUGGACGUGCAGAGUUCCUACAUGGACACCGCCAUGGGCCAGACGGUCACCACGGCCAUCCCCCAGGACGCGGUGAACGGCCUCAUGACACAGGUCGCGGAUGAGGCCGGGCUGGAGCUGAACAUGGAGUUGCCGCAGGGAGGCACCACGACCGUCGGGGUGAGCGCCACACAGGCCAGCCAGGACCAGGACGAACUGACGCAGCGACUCGCAAAACUCCGCAACGCAUGAUUGGCCCGGACUUGUUGACACCCGCCCUGCCCCACCCGGCCUUGCCUUGCCCCAGUCUGUCCCCGCCUCCUCCUCCUUCCCUCCCAGUUCACUCGGGUCGCCUUCCUUACUGUCGUUGCUGUCGCUGGUGUUACUGGUGUUGUUGUUUUCAAUGUAACUACUACUACUACUACUACUACGAUUCUACUGCUGUGAAUGAUUCUACUUCUAUUGUUACUACUGCUACAUCUACUGCUACUUCUAUUGUUUUUGUUGUUUACGAUUAUGCAAAUGUAUGUGUAGUUAAGGAGAGAGAGAGAGAGAGAGAGAGAGAGAGAGAGAGAGAGAGAGAGAGAGAGAGAGAGAAUGUUAGCUAGCACUGCGUUAUCUGAGCCUAGCACCGAGGGCCUUGCCAGCAGCUUGGGGGCUUGGUGCUGUGUCCGCCCACACCUGUAUGAACUUUUAGUGGACUUUAAGUUAGUGGAGGAGGAACUACAUUUAUCGGAAGCUAAUUGGUCCUCUAACAGUUUCUUAAGUUAGCGAAAACUAGCUCAGUUAAGGAAAAGUUAUGUCACUAAUUAUUGGUUAGCGGAAUCAUGCCGACCACUGGGCAUAAGUAGCUGCUUGGGGUGCCUGCUGGAGAGGUCUGAGUCUGGGUCUGGGGGCAAGGUUAGCACUGUUGAUGUUUUGGUGUUAAGUGUGGCAAUGGUUGAUGUUGCUGUGUGUAUGUGUGUUUAAGGGAGAGAGAGCGAGAGUGUGUGUGCUUGUUUAAGAGAGCGAGAGAGUGCGUGGUUAUGUGUUGGGGAGAGGGCGAGAGAGAGAGAGUAUAUGUUCAUGUCUAAGAGAGAGAGGGAGGGAGACAAAAAGCUCUAUAUUCUCACAGACUUCCAGCGUUUAUUACUCUCACUACCAUCGUUUAUAUAUUAUCUUUAUCCAGGAGUCUAUGUAGGAUUAGUAUAAGCGCCGCGAAGGGGUUGUAUGUAGGUGGUAGCUGGACCUCCUUGCCUCGCUCCACCGCCACCCUUGUCCGUCAAUAUAUCUACACAUAUGUACUAUAAGAAGAUGAAGAUUUUUAGACCAAUAACAUGCGAAUAAAUUAUUAGUUUGUA